AUGGCCGAGGUCUUGUCCCCGUCGCGGACGGCUGCCCUCUUCGACAUUCUGACCCAUUACGACACCUACGCCCAGAUCCGUGAGUUUCGAAGACCCGGCAGCCUGGCAAACUAUGGACCCCCGUUUACCGCCCGGCAAGACACACCGUCCAGCUCACCCGCCCUGCAGGCUCUGGUCUCCAAGUUCCUGCUCAACCUGCCCGGCUUGAACAACCUGCCAGACAAAUGGUGGACCGUGCAGUGUCAAGAAAUCAUCGAGAGUCUGGAGCGGGCCAACCUCAGCGAGAGCUAUGACAAAGGCGUCAUCGGCAGCCGCAAGACCCUCGCGACGGCCAUAUCAGCCCUGAUCGAGUACCCGGUCAGAGGCACCUUCGCCGGCUUCCCCGAGAUCAAGGACCGCGAUUCGAGCUACGACGUCACCAAGGCCGACGAUCUGCGACGUGCCUUUCGAGACUUCCUCAACGAUUGCGUCUACGGCAAUGUCCUCGACGAGAUGGUCCAGAAGACUGCCGAGACGGACAAUCUGGACGACCACCCUCAGCUAACAAAGGCCGUGCACGAGUUUGUGCUUGUCAACAUUGCGUCCUUGAUGCAUUACACUCUGAUUCUGUCGCCCAAAGGCCAGUACCUGCUGAAGCUGGUCGACAAUGCCAAUAAACUGGUACCCUACAUGGUUCUCAGGCAAACACUGAAGAUUGGAAAUGUUGCGACCAUGAUCAACGCCAUGGUCAAGGUUGGCCUGGCCAAAAUGAGCGUGACCAGUGUGACCAACUGGAUAGGCCUGACGCAGUCUUCCGACGAGGGCACGAAUUUGAUGCAAACAAUCAUCUCUACAGUCCUUAACUGGGAUAUCCGGGAUCUCGAGUCGAGGGCGGCGAAACUCGAGCGAGAACGCGCGAAGCCGGGCAAAGAACAGCUGCACGCCUUGAAGGACUACCCGCACAAGUCGCAAGACGAGCAGGAUCGCAUCCGAAAGGAAAGUCAAACGCAGUCCAUUUCGAUCGUCAUGGCCAUCUUGAAGGACGCGAAAUCCCCUUCGGCCGAGCUGACCGAGUUCCAUCACAAGCAAGCCUUGGAAUACCUCUCGAUCCAUCUGUCCAUCCGUGACCGCAAACAGCUGAUCCAGUGCCUCUGCAAAUCCUCCCCAGACCACCUCACCAUGUCUGUCCGAGAGGUAGUCGACGCCUACGAGCCCGUCAUUCGGCGGAUGCACAAGGCCAUCGACCUGUCCUCCACGCUGUCUGACUUCGAAAGCUUCCUCAAAGACUUGAUCAAGCUGGCGAGGAUCCACACGGACAAAUCCAACAAGGCCAUUGUGCCGACCGUGGGAGACUUCGUGCAGCUCCUCCGCAAGCAUCAGCGGUCAUGUCACAUCUUCAUGCACCAGUGUGCCAAGAAUGACAAGGAAUUGACGGGCUGGUACCUCGAAUGGGCAAAGAAUGCAGCCUCACAGUUCAGACACGAGCCUGGCGGUGACGGGUCUGACGUAUUCAAGCACGGCAAAGGCGGAGCGGGCAAUUUGACGUCGCCCCUGCACGACCUCUUUUCCUCCCUCCCUCAAGAAACCCAAUCCCGCAUUCUGCCCGUCCUCGACGCUCACACUGAAUAUUUAGACAGGAUGCACGAACAAUCCAUGGCCCGCCUGACCAACGUGUUGAGGUCGCCGCCGUCCAAAAACCCUGCCAUUGCGAAGAUCUUCUCCUCCAACCAUUCGAACCAUUCGAAUCACUCCAGUCGACCUCCUUCUAGGACAUCGAGCCCGGCUCCGCCCCUCGACCACGGCGAGAGCCAAGGAACGCCCUCCUCAACGCCGACAUCCGCAUCGUUCCCCACAACGGUUUCAGAAAGCGACACGUCUCGCGAGAUCAAAGAAAACCCCACGCCAGAGGUCUCUUCGAAUCCCGGCCCCGGUUCGUUCCUCGCGCGCUGGCAAGCACUCCUCGACGCCACCCCGAUCACCCCGCUGAGCCAGCAUGGAAGUCUGAAAGCCGCGAGCUCGCCGGAGGUGAUACAGGCGAGUGCGACGGACGUGGAUGGUUCGAGGCUUGUCGAGUUUAGGAACAAGGAAGCGCGCGGGGAGAAGAUCCGCGUGGAGGACCAGCACCCCUCAUUGGGGGACAAUGUAAAGGAAGAUGAAGUGGGGAUCGGAUACGAGGCGAGGAAGAGGCAGAAGGAGUUGAAGAUAGUCAUUGACGCGAUGGGAGGCGGGUUUCGGGAAUUGCUGGCGCGGACGGGGUGUUAUUGGUGA